GUCAGCUGUAGACACACUUCCUGGUUGGGGCAGCUUGUUAACACGUGAAAACUAUCUUGGGCCAGAAAUGUCAGAAAUCCUGAAUGAAUCGGAGGAAGAGGCGUUCCGGACCUUCGUGGGGCUCCAUGCGGGGGCCCUCCGGUCCUCCGGGGUCCCCCAGAUCUACUGGAGAAGCCUGUUCCACAAAAUCACCAACGAGAUAUAUGAUGCUGGGGAGGUUUUUGGAAUAAUGCAGUUCCAACAAGAGGAAGAAAAUAGAGAAGAGGAGAAGAAGAUCAAUCCUGGAGCUGUGAUCAGCUGUAAAGUGGUGGUUACCAAGGAGAGUGGACUGAAGAUGUCUGAGCCGACCAGUGUUUUCCUGGUGGAUCACGCCUGGACGUACCGGGUGGAAAACGCCCGGCAGCAGCUGGAGCAGAUCCCCGGACUGCUGCCCAGAAUGGCCGCCCUCAUGGGGGAGGAUUUCCACGGUGAGGUCCCAAGUCCCGACAUGGUGGACUUGAUUUUGGAGCGCAUGUGGAAGUACAACCAGACUUAUCAUCUCUCUCAAGGGUCAGCAGAGGAGAAGGUUCCAGUCUGGUACAUCAUGGAUGAAUUUGGCUCCCAGGUGCAGCACUCAGAUCACCCAAGCUGCUGCAUGGCUCCCUUCUACUACACCCAGGACCAGCUGGCCUACACGGUGCUGUGGCCUCUGCAAGACCUGCUGGAAGGAGACGAAGUUACUCGGGAUUAUGCAUAUGGAGAGACAAACCCCCUGGUGAGGCGAUGCCGUCUGUUACCAUGGAUACCAGAUGAACUGGAUGGGGUGAGCAGCAUCGUUGCAGAGCCCCAGGACUCAUAUUACGAGGCCGUCGCUCAGGAGAACAAGGAGCGCUUUCCUCUGGAAGUCCAUCCGGUCAUUUUUCCUAAAGAUAAAAUCCUGAAAGUGUUCUCAGAAAUGUCCCAAGUAACAGACAACCUGACACAUUCCCGCUUCCAGCUGACACAAGACGAGCAGGAGGCGGACGUUGCUUGGAGUUACAACCACAUCAAAGAUUACAGGAAGCUGAGUGAGGAGCAACCUCAUUUAAUGCUGAAUCAGUUUCCCUGUGAGAGCAUCGUAACCGUGAAGGACUGUCUGGCUGCUGUGGCUCGCAGAGUGAAAGGCGGUCCCUCCCCCGACUGGCUUCCAGAGACCUUUAACCUGCAGACCGAGCUGCCGCAGUUCAUCAAGUAUUACAGGCUGAGACAGGAUAGGGGAGAAGACAACCACUGGAUCUGUAAGCCCUGGAAUUUGGCUCGUGGACUGGACACACACAUCACCAACAAUCUGGACUACAUAAUCAGACAGAGAGAGAGCACACCAAAGGUGGUGUGUAAGUACAUUGAUGAUCCGGUGCUGUUCAGACGAGAGGACAUAGGAAUGGUGAAGUUUGACAUCCGCUACAUGCUGAUGUUACGAUCUGUGCAGCCUCUGCGUCUCUACACCUACAACGUAUUCUGGCUUCGCUUUGCUAACAGACCUUUUUCUUUGGAUCAUUUUGAUGAUUACCAAAAACACUUCACGGUGAUGAACUAUGCAGAAGGAGCGGAGCUCAAACAGGUCCACUACGACGAGUUUAUCCCCAUGUUUGAGAAGCAGUACCCAGAUUAUCCAUGGAAAGAGGUGGAAGCAGACCUGUUUGGAGUUUUUAAGGAGCUCUUCCAGGUGGCUUCUUCUCGACCAGCUCCUUAUGGAAUAUGUCCCUAUGAGCCAUCCCGGGCAAUCUAUGCUGUGGACCUGAUGCUGAAGUGGAGCAGAGACCAAAAUGGUGAACGGGUCAUGCAGCCUCAAAUCUUGGAGCUGAACUUCAGUCCUGACUGUUCCCGGGCCUGCUUCUACCAUCCUGCCUUUUACAACCACGUCUUCCAGACUCUCUUCCUGGACCAGCCUGAGGACUGUCCGGUCACACGGAUAGCAUAAUAAACUCCAACCUUCAUCCUUCCACUCUGUUUGGUCAUUUCUAGUUAAUCUUGAAUCCAAAAGUUGUUUUUAAAGCUGAUGCCAAACAACUUUGUACAAGUCGAAAGACUUGAUAAAGUAAAUCUGUAUCAUAAAUGUUUCUGUCAUAGGAUGUAUUCGCAUGUUCAUUUGGCAUGUUUUACGCUGGAUGACCUUCCGGAUGCAACCCUCUACAUUUAUCUGGGCUUGGGACCCUUGGGGAUGCAGAUACCGGGGAUUAAUUGAUUUUUCUUCUGUCAAGUCUGACAAAGGCUGAAAUUGCGACGUGUCUAUUUUUACCAUCAGUCAGUAACUCCACAUAUAUCUC